AAGCCUCGCGAGAUUUGCUUGGCGCCGCGAGCUCGUGUGAGACGCCCCCUAAGCGAGACAGUCCCGACGCUGCCUCUGCAGAGGAGAACGCAAUGGAGCCCCGAAACGACUAAUUUCGGUCUCGUUUGAGUCCACGAGUUCCCAGUUGUUGUCCUGAAAAAAGCAAACAAAUCUUAAUUGUGUCGUUUGUUUUGAGGACGUUAUAUAGAGCGCUGCAACGAUGUGGAUCCAGGUUCGCACCAUAGACGGCAAGGAGACGCGAACCGUUGAAGAUCUUUCUAGAUUGACCAAAAUUGAGUCUUUACGGUUGAAAAUACAGGAUAUUUUUAAGGUGAACCCGCAGCAGCAGCGCCUCUUCUACCGUGGGAAACAGAUGGAAGAUGGUCAGACUCUUUUUGACUACAACGUGGGUCUGAAUGACAUUGUCCAGCUGCUGAUUCGCUCUCAGACCGACCCUCCAGACAGCCCCACCCACAAGGACUGCUCAGCUAUCACCGGGAGUUCUGCCCCUCUGUCCGACUCCAAAGACCAGAGCUGCGACCCUUUGGCUCCCCUCUCCCCAUCCGACAUGGAGACUUCCCCCAGCGGGGACGAGGAGGAGGAGGUCAGCAUCACUACCAGCACUGUCAAUGAAACCAAGCCGGACACCAGCGACUCCAGCAGCACCAAAAACGGCUUCAGCCCUGUACAGGACUCCCAGUCGCCCACGUCCAGCAAAAACACACUAAUUGACCCAGGGAUUGGAUUGUACAAGAUCAAUGAACUGGUGGACUGCAGAGACGUGAGCAUUGGCGCCUGGUUUGAAGCUAGCAUCGAAAAUGUGACACUAACUCCCACUAAGGGUAAGGUGGGUCGCCCCCCAAAACGGACCAUCUUGAAAGCAGAACCCGAACAGACCCAAGCCCAGGAUCUAAGCAAGGACACUUGCAGGACUAGUGCUGUGUUAAACACUGAGAGUAACGGAGCCUCCACCUCACAGACAGACUCGUCACCGACAGGCAACAAGGGGAGAGAGGAGAACGUCAUUUACCACAUUAAGUAUGAAGACUAUCCGGAGAAUGGCGUGGUCCAGAUGGGAGCAAUAGAUGUACGACCACGAGCCAGGACCGUGCUGCGGUGGGACGAGCUCCAAGUCGGCAUGCGUGUGAUGGUCAACUACAACAUGGAAACAGCAGAUGAGAGGGGGUUCUGGUUCGACGGAGAGAUCGUGACCCUGAAUCAAACAUCCCGCACUAACAAAGAGCUCCGAGUCAAUAUCCUCCUGGGGGGUCCUGGAGAUGUAAUCCCAGACUGUAAAAUCCAGUUUCUAGAUGAAAUCUACCAGGUGGAGAAACCAGGAGCUCGUCCGCUCUCAGCUGUGGAUGGACAGUUUAAACGGAAGAGCGGUCCGGAGUGCAAACACUGCAAGGCCGAUCCCGACUCCGAAUGCCGCUUCUGCUCCUGCUGCGUGUGCGGGGGGAAGCAGGAUGCCUCCAUGCAGCUGCUGUGCGACGAGUGCAACAUGGCGUUCCACAUCUACUGCCUCAACCCGCCCCUCACCACCAUCCCAGAUGAUGAGGACUGGUAUUGUCCUACCUGUAAAAAUGAUACCAGUGAAGUCGUCAAGGCCGGCGAGAAACUUAAAGCAAGCAAGAAGAAAGCCAGAAUGCCUUCAGCGACGACCGAGAGUCAAAGAGACUGGGGAAAGGGUAUGGCCUGUGUGGGGCGCACUAAAGAAUGCACAAUUGUUCCUUCAAACCACUAUGGACCAAUUCCUGGAGUCCCUGUGGGAACCACGUGGAAGUUCAGAGUGCAGGUGAGCGAGGCAGGUGUUCAUAGGCCCCAUGUCGGCGGCAUCCACGGGCGCAGCAAUGAUGGCUCCUACUCGCUGGUGUUGGCUGGCGGCUUUGAGGAUGAAGUGGACAGGGGAGAUGAGUUCACCUACACAGGCAGCGGAGGUCGUGACCUCUCAGGAAACAAACGAAUCGGAGAGCACAGUUUUGACCAAACGCUGACUCACAUGAACCGAGCAUUGGCUUUAAACUGUGAUGCACCUUUGAACGACAAAGAUGGAGCGGAGUCCAGGAACUGGCGGGCAGGAAAACCCGUGAGAGUGGUGCGUAGCUCCAAGGGUCGACGCAUCAGCAAGUAUGCUCCGGAGGAAGGAAACCGCUAUGAUGGUAUUUACAAGGUGGUGAAGUACUGGCCGGAGAUCGGAAAGUGUGGCUAUUUGGUUUGGCGUUACCUGUUGAGACGGGAUGACUUGGAACCAGCACCGUGGACACCUGAAGGGUUGGAGAGAAUCCAAAAACUGGGCCUUGUUGUUCAGUACCCACCAGGCUACUUGGCUGCCAUGGCUAACAAAACAAAGAAGGAGGCCUGCGCUAGGCCCGGCCGCGGUGGACGCAGCAAGCACUAUUCUUGUCGGGGGAGGCCACGGAGACGAAAGAUCAAGGAGAGACAGCUGAGUGAUGAGGAGGAAGACGAAGAGGAGGAGCCCAUAGAAGCAGAUAUGCAAGAGGAUACGCAUCAAAGUAAUGGAGAGCAGAAGACAAACGGAGAUAAUGAAUUGCCAGCAGAGGCAGACCCUCCAUCCAAACGAGUUAAAAUAGAGGAGACCUUUCAGCUUACGGAGCAGCAGCAGCAGCUGAUCCAAGAGGACACGGCCAACAAGAAACUCUGGGACGAAGCCAUGGAGCACCUCAAAGAGGGGCCGAAUUUCCUGCAGAAGAUGGAGCAGAUCUUCAUGUGUGUGUGCUGCCAGGAGCUGGCCUUCCAGCCAGUCACUACUGUCUGCUCACACAACGUUUGCAAGACCUGCCUCCAGCGGUCGUUCCGCGCUCAAGUGUACACCUGCCCCGCCUGCCGCCACGACCUGGGCAAAGACUAUGUGAUGAUCCAAAACAAGGCCCUGCAGGUUCUCCUGGACCAGUUCUUUCCCGGCUACAGCAAAGGCCGAUGAGGUCCAGAACCGUACAACACGCUCGCACAUAAGCAUCCAUCCUGUGCACCCUCCUAUACUGUCAAGUACCUAGAGCUCCACUUUGAAAUGCACUGCACUCACAUAUUUCCUAUCCCACGGGCCAGAUGCAUAUUGCAUAUUACAGCCAUUUAUGUAUACAAUCAUUCAUACACAAACAACCUCAGUAGGGACUUGACCUCAUCUGCACAACUUGGACUGUCUUCUCUGACAUCACCAGCCUGAAAUUCAAACCGAGGACCUUUUUUUUCUCCAAGCCCCCUCCAUCCUGCCUGCCACAGAAGCUGGCAGAGAGCAAAACGCACAAAAAAUGACCCCCAACUCACAUUCCCUUCAUUUAAAUUCCUGCCAACCUGUUUGCAUUUUGGGUACCAUGUGUGCAAGUUUUACACCAAAUACUGAGCUCGUAUUUCAGUGCACCGGGCUGGGAAACCACCUUUGACUCAGAGAUGCCAUUAGGUUGGAUUUGUUAGAAUUGCAUACAUUUAGGGGAACGACAGUUUGUCAUAAAGAUGUAGCACUAUAUUAGUGGACUUUUAUUUUUUUGGGAGGGCCAGUUGAGAGGAUUUGCCUGGAGUUAAAGCCAUUGUUUUGCCUUCAUCGAACAGGGUUUACUGUAGCCUCACAGGAGAAAACGGCAUCGGAAAACAACCAUUAGCUUCUCCUAAAGGGGCUGGAAGCUCCUUGGGAUUCAGUGAUGAGUCAGAAACACAUAAAGCUAGAAAAUAAGUUAAAAGUGGUCGUAGGUACCAGACCGUCCAAGCGUCAUUGGUUUGUUCUAGUUUGUAUCUAUAUGGGCCAAAUGAAAAUGAUUAAGUUUCAGUGUUUUGCAGGAAAUCCUGAUCUUUUUUUUGCAAAUACUUUAAAUGUACAUCAAACAUUUAGUGAAAUUAAUCUGGAACAAUCCAAUUAGAUUUUCAGAAAAAACAAACAAAAAAAUAGAUUUUUCUCUGUGGAUAUUUGUCCCAAAAACAUAUCUUUAAAUUCCAUAAACCAUGAUUUAUGUGGACAAAAAUACACUUUCUUCAGUGUGCCGUUGUCAUGAAUUCGGGGUGACAUCAAAGUUGAUCGUGUGAAUAUUUUAAGCAUUUUAUUUUGUUUUAAAACAGAAAAAAAGUCUCUGCAGAUGAGGGAGAAUGCAUCUCCCAAACUGCCAGAAAUAUUUCAGACGAUUCUUUUUAAAACAAAUUCGUCUGUGUCACGCUUGUCUAGUGCCUUCGAUCUAAAACGGUUCAAAUUAAGGAGGCCAUCGACCUCACGCCACAAUCAGCAGAGCAACCAAACCCUGCCCAUGGGGAGGUUGCAGAAAAAUAAAAAAAUCUCAAGAACAGAGUACAUGUUCAUUCAAAACUGCAACAAAAAUGUAUUCCAAUGACAAAAAUAGUACCUUAAAAUCAUACAAACAUGCCUCCUGUUCCAUCCUUGCAUGAACCUUUUAGGGUAACUCAUAAGAAAUUUUAUAAAAUAAUAAA